GAAAAACAAGUUGCCCGACAUGAUUGUGAUUUUGGCGAUAAUGUUUGCUGCAGCUCAUCAGGCACAGGCAGGACAUGGAAAAGCUAACAUGGAUAUGGAAAAGAAUACAAGGAUACACGGGUACAAGGAUUUAGAUGUAUUACAAGGAAAAGCCCCGGCAGCGACCGCCUUUGAAGCCAAUAUUGACAGUGUUCUCAAAGACUAUGAUUGCGCUCGUGAAGGUGAUCCAGAUUGUGCAGUUUGGACCGCUGCUGAAAUACUCGAACAUAUCGAGCAGGGUAUAACCAACUGUGAUUCGGCCAGGACUUCAGAUGAUUGCGUGGUAGCACUUGGCUUACUCGGGGAUGCUAGCUUGUCUAACGCAGACAUGCAACCUAAGCUGGCGGCGAUGACUAUGCAAAUGGUCAUGGACGAGGACCAUGAUAGGCUGCUUAAUGCUAUUUAUGGUGGUGUUGCGGACUUCUUGUGCAACAAGAUUCCUAUCACAUGCGACGAUCUCAAAGCACUGAUGAGUGACGUGGCAAACUUGGAACAUGGUGGUGAACCUUAAUGAGGCUGACAAAGAAAGAAAAGACUUUGAUGGGCGGCGCCUGUUAUUUUACCGAAUCUUUAUUCGGUUGGUUAUGAACAUUAUAACAUGGGGUCCCGAAGUAAAAAAGACUUAGCUACCUUCUUAGAUUAUGUCAAGCAAGAAGCAUGUAUUUUCUCCAUUUUCAGAAAAAAUAUAUCGUACUUAAUUUGAGGUAGAAAAACUUGUCAUAUUAAACCUUUGUUUACGGUAGUUCAAGUUGUUUCAUGAAGCAAACAUUUUCUUUUUUUCCUCUUAACUUUUAACAAACCUAUUUUAGUUUUUUGAACUCCCUAGCUUUGACCAUGUUAUACUUCGUUCUACCCCUUUGUAAGCUUAUGGUUGUACGAUAUAACCGUUUUCGCAUAACGAAUAGGAAUGACUCUAAAAAGAACUUUUUUCUGGGCAACCAAGAAUUGGUAUUUUUCUCUCAGUGCUCUAACCUUUUUAACUUACAAUACUAAUACAAACGUGUAAUCAAAACAUUUUUAUUAGUCGCACAAUUGUAAUGAUUCUGUUGCAAAAUUUAUAGUUAUUCCGCUUUGUAACAUUGAAACUUCGGCCAUUCCCUUUUCCUGAUAAAAAGCAUUUUCCUUGUCGUAACAAACGGAAUGACUAAAAACAUUGCAUCAGAAUCAUCACUAAUACGAACAUGUAGUUGAAGUGCUAUAAAACUGGUUGCACGAAUAAUUGCUUUAUUAAUGUUGGAAUUAUUGUAACGAUUUUCAAAAGACAUCUUUGUUGUC